AUGCAUGGUCAUCUUUGGGGCGUCGCACUUGCCGCGUUCAACUUGCCCGCGUCGUUCUCGUUGCCUGCUCAACGCGUGGCAGGUAUUCCAGUGCUAAAUGACUUGAACGAUACCUCAGCAGCCACCACAACUACCGUGAUUGUGAAUGCCACAACCAACACAUCCACGACAGUCACCACCUGCGUCCAUUUGAACUGGAGCAAACCGCCUCGAACGAGCGACCCCACGGUUGCCAAGAUCCUCGCGGGCAUCGAAGACUGGCAUCCCCUCGACGGAUACGAAGGGUACACGGAACCCCUCACCGAGGACACGAUGAAAGUGCUUAACCGGAGGGGCACGAGUCUCCCAAACGUGAUCCGACUGCUGGAGCUGACCGUGGCGGCCGACCCGGUUAACGGGGCUGCCAAGUUCCCCACGAUCAUGUUUCGGUCAGCCAAUGGAUCUCCCCCUCUGGCUUGCAAUAGUCGCCAUGGGGGAGACGUCGCGCUUGUGCGGGACCUACAGCCGUCGGUGGUGUUUUACAGCUCAAACUGGAUCCAGUUUUGGCGCGCGGGCGGCGGGGCCGGCUCGGUCCCGAGCGCAACUGGACGUCCGGCAGCGUCUGGUACGCGCACGCGUCCUGGUACCCAGGUGUGCAGCAGAGGGGGGGCCAUGGCCGACAUGUUCCAGGCCGAGCUCGCGGUGCUGGUGCAGUCAGGCAAGAAGGCGUUUGUUGCCACUGUGAACCCCGAAGGCCCCGAGUUCAGCGGCCGCAAUAUGGUCAAUGGGAAUGCGGUGGGAACCGUGACCCCGAUCAAACGCUCGGUGUUUCGACAAACGUUUGCAUCGGUCAUUUCCAUCUUGGAACGUGCAGUCACGAACGCCCAAGCCACGCUCGUCGACUUCUCCGCCAAUCAAUGCUACCAAGAUCUGUGCCAAGUCGAGCCCAUGGCAGAAGGCGAGCCCGUGUACAAGGACAAGGAUCAUAUGCGACCGUAUUAUGUGAAAUCUCUAUUUUAUUGGUCCUGUGUGAGUAUACAAUGA